AUGCCAGUUCAUGGUUCUCUUGAUUUCAUAUUUACUUAUAAACUCAAGAGGCUAAAGGGGGUGAUUAAGGAAUGGAAUCUUACGGUUUUUGGUAAGAUUCAUUCUAGGUUGAAGCAAGACCAGCUGAGGUUUGAAUAUGCGACUCUUUGCUCGGAUGAAGAUCCUAAUGAUGUUUCCAAACUUAAUCUUGUGAAGGAUGUUAUGGCUAGGCUUAGUGAGACUCAGCUUCAACAUAACUCUAUGCUUAAGCAAAAGGCAAGGAAUCAGUGGCUUGUGGAGGGUUCAAGCAACACUACUUUCUUCCAUAAUAGUAUUCGCACUCGUCGGAGUUCUAAUACUAUUUCAGAAUUAACAGAUAGUGACGGCCAUACUAUUUCAGACUAUGAUCAUUUGUGUGACCAUGUGGUGCAGUUCUAUGAGGACAAAUUUAAUGGCCAUGAGUCUGAUUUGGAUGCUAGUUUAUUUGAUUAUGAGCAUGUUGGUAUCUCAGAGGAAGACAGUCUUGUUAUGGACAGAAUUCCUACUCCUGAUGAAAUUAAACAAGCAGUUUUUGAUCUUGGAGCUGAUAGUGCUCCAGGGCCGGAUGGUUUUUCUGGUUGUUUCUAUCGUCAUUGCUGGGAUAUUAUUAAUGGAUAUUUGAUUAAGGCAAUUAUUUUUUGUUGGAAUACUGGUCAGAUUCCAAAUGGGGCGAAUUCAAGUCUUAUCAUCUUGCUUCCAAAGAUCAUUGCUACUAGAGUUGGUAGUGUUUUGGAUAAGCUUGUUUCUGAGGAACAUGUAGCCUUUAUGAAGGGUCGGAAUAUCCAUGAAAAACAUCAGUUUGGCUUCUGA